ACCAAUGUCGGCACGCAGCUUCGCUUAAACUUACAUUGUUAUCCUAGUGUUCAGCACAUCGUGUCCUACGGCGAGCGACAAAACUUAUUCAACUUAUUCAGGACGUGACGUAGUUAACAUCCUGCAAGGGAUUCAUUUCUGCUCCUACAAAUUCCACACCCAGACGACCGCAGCCACAAGAACCGCCCACCCCUACAACAACAACAACAACAAUGAGGGCAGCAAGGAGCUCCCAAGCGGGAACGGAGAGCAGCCUCAUCAUGGGAAUGGGCCUGCAACUGAGGCAGGGACACAGGUGGCUUGUAUGGCUGCUGCUGCUGCUUUUGGUCAUACCCCCGCAGAUGGUGGACGGCCGUUACCUGCCCACAAGGUCGCACGGCGACGAUUUGGACAAGUUGCGCGAACUGAUGCUGCAGAUCUUGGAGUUGAGCAAUGAGGACCCACAGCAGCAACAGCAGCCCCAACAACACCCACUUUUGCGUCUGCACAAUGAGGCCAACAGCGGCAGCAGCGGUAGUGGCACCAACACCAACAACAAUCCACGCUCAUCCAACUCGAACUCGAAUGCCGCCUGGCUACAAAAGCUCAGCGCAAUGGGCGCCCUGGACGAGCUGGGCGGCGAUGCGCCCCGUAUGGGACCCAACUAUGGACGCUAUUAGAGGAAAUCCAACAAGCACCUGACGACCACACGACACCAUGACGACGACAAUGGAAUGGGUCUACAGGGGGGGCAAAUGGUUUUGUGAAUGAAACAGUUUUUGAAUGGCGUAAGAGGAGUACUUAGGGGAGAGCACACUAAACAGAGAACUGGAUGAGGAGGAGCGAAUGGUCAAGGGAUUACAAUCCCAUGGCAACCCAAAAAGGAAUUGUGUGAAAAUCUCAGCCAAAUGUAUGAAAAUGGAGCACCCUUUGGCACCACUUGCUAAGUACUUCUAAGCCCCUGUGAAACAUUUGAAUGCUGCUCAGACAUUUCCAACCAUUUUAUGCUAGUUUGCACCUUUCUUCAAGGACUGACAACAACUUCGAAGGAGUGUAAAGUACCUUAAACUGUCUCCCAAAACAGAAGUAAAAUAGUUUCACAACUUUUCCCAUAUUUAACAUUCAAUUCCCAUUCGUGUGCCCCCCUGCAGCCCAACGCCCAAAAGGUACAACCCCCAAAACGAAUCAACACACUCAAAGGUUUUAAAUGCAAAAGGCAACAACUGAUAAACACUGGUUAAUACCCAACAAACACACGGCUAAAAACAACAAAAACAAUGACAAAAAAAUAUAUAAAAGGACACAACUGCAGUUCCUAUGCUAGAACAAUAAUUUUAAACUUUUUGGGUAAUCCCAAGGCGACAAAAAAUGUACCUACAAUGCAGCAUGUAGCACGUGGCAUGUACCUAUAUGUAUGUAGAACAAACCAAUCCCCUAAUCCCUACAAAACGAAUAUAUACACGAGUAUUGUAUUGCCCUUUAUGGUCUAGGGUUAAGAGCGGAUUUUCAAGUUUUUUUUGCCCCUAAAAAAACCAAAAAAAAGAAGCAGCAAAAGUCAAUUGUAAAUAUUUUACUGGAGUUUUAAUGGGCCCCCAAGGCUAAGGCUGCUGGUGGGGCAUACAUGAAGAUAUAUAUUUAUAAAUUAUAGUACUCCCAACUAACCUCUGGGCCGUGGUGACCUCCACACGACGAUGGGCCCCCAAAAACUUUAAUGGGUUUUCACAUGAAAAAGAGAUAAUAAAUAUACAAAAUAUACAAAAGAGCGCAGGCCCCGUUUAUAUGCGUUACUUAUAUUAUUAUUACAUAU